AGAUGCGUCACCCCCACAGGCUUUUAUUGUGAAGGUUGAAGCCGGAUGUCCUCGUUUAAGCGUCACAGUGCUAUGAAGCGCAUGCGCAACGGGUUGAAAACGGUACACGGGAUCCACGCGUUGAGUUAAGAUGAGCUCCAUCGGUACCGGGUACGACCUGUCGGCCUCCACCUUCUCUCCAGAUGGGCGGGUGUUCCAGGUGGAGUAUGCCAUGAAGGCUGUGGAGAACAGCAGCACGGCAAUAGCUAUCCGCUGUAAAGAUGGAGUUGUGUUCGGGGUGGAGAAGCUCGUUCUGUCCAAACUCUACGAGCAGGGUUCCAACAAACGCAUCUUCAACAUCGACCGACACGUCGGCAUGGCGGUGGCAGGUCUGUUGGCUGAUGCUCGGUCUUUGUCUGAAGUAGCGAGAGACGAAGCGUCCAGCUUCAGAUCCAGUUAUGGACACGACAUCCCUCUAAAGCACCUGUCGGACAGAGUGGCCAUGUACGUCCACGCCUACACUCUGUACAGCGCCGUCCGGCCAUUCGGCUGCAGUUUCAUCUUGGGAUCGUAUGACAAAGAUGAUGGUCCUCAGCUCUACAUGGUCGACCCAUCGGGGAUCUCUCAUGGUUACUGGGGUUGUGCCAUUGGAAAAGCAAAACAGGCUGCAAAGACAGAGAUUGAAAAACUGCAGAUGAAGGAGAUGACCUGCAGAGAGCUCGUCAAAGAGGUCGCCAAAAUAAUCUACAUCGUCCAUGACGAGGUGAAGGACAAAGCCUUCGAGCUGGAGCUCAGCUGGGUUGGAGAAGUGACGAAUGGACGACAUCAGCUGAUUCCUGAAGAGGUGAGACAAGAGGCUGAGAAGUACGCAAAGGAAUCCCUGGAGGAAGAGGAUGACUCUGAUGAAGACAACAUGUAAACUCUUCAUCCCAUUGUUUAAGUGUUCCAGUUUUACCUUCAUGUUGGGUUUUGUUUUGAUGAAUUUAAAAAAUAAAGACAUCGACUAAC